CAAAUUUCAGCUUCAGUACAUUACUCGAACAGUGAAAAGCCCUACGAAAAACCCUUGCUUUCAUUCGAUUCUCUCUUCUCAAGCAGAAAAGCGGACGGGAAAAGCGAUUCCACAUCAAUGGCGGGCGGGCGAUUCAGAGAGCUACUGAAGAAGUACGGGAAAGUGGCACUAGGGGUUCACUUCUCCGUCUCCGCCGCUUCCAUCACGGGCCUCUACGUCGCCGUGAGGAACAACGUCGACGUCGAGUCGGUCUUCGACAAGCUCCAUCUCCCGGGGCUAUCGAGCAAGGAAUCCUCCACCGCCGAGCAAGUCCAGGAGCAGCAAGCACGGCCGAUUGAAGUGGAGGCGCAUCAUCGGCCGACGGCGGAAUCGAGGACGGUGGUGGUGACCGGCGAGGAGGAGACGAAGGGGAGGAGUCGGGUAGCGGAGCUCGCUGCUUCCAGCGGCGGCGCGCUGGCUCUGGCGUUGCUUUUCAACAAGGCUCUGUUCCCGAUUCGGGUCCCGAUUACCCUCGCGCUGACGCCUCCCAUUGCCAGGGCUUUGGCCAGGAGAGGAAUGAUCAGGAACACUGUGAAUGGAUGGAUGCAAAUGGGUUGUUUUCGGCAGUCUGCAGAGUGCAUCAUUUGAUGAUCCCGAAUCUCACAGCUGGUAAUGAUCUUUGUACAUCAUGUACAUUUGAAGCAUUUACAUGUACAUGAUGUAUUGAGGAAGCUGCUGGUAUUGUUCGAUAACUGGAGAUCAUUUGCUGUUUACAUGAGCAUGCCUUCUGCAAGUACACAGCACCUAGACUAGGAGUUUGUGGACUUGUAUGUACGCUAUACUAUGUGUCUGUUGUUCACUCCAUAUGGGUCUACUAUUGGAUGGUUAUCGCUUUCUGGGAUCAAGUUGUUUUUGCCCUCAUCAUUAGAACUGCAACUGUUCUUUAGUCUUUUUCGCCUCUGUAUUUUCACUCGUCUUAAAAAUGCUAGCCGUGCAGAACCCUAAAACCUGUUGAAAUCUCUCUCUAGAGUACCUAACCCAUUGCAUUUGCGCUCUUCGGGUUCUGCUCACAGCCUGUGGUGCUCUGCGGCAAAGAAGGGCUUAGCUUCUGCCUUACUGGUUUCUAGAUAAGUAAAUCUGUCGAAUAUUGCAGUUAAUUUCCAGAAAGUUCUUUGCUGCCAUCAAUUGGCUAUUAGCAAAGUUAAG